AUGGCACCACCGCGCCGGGUGUACCCGCGCGACCGCGCCUACUUCUUCCUGCAGCUCGCGCUGCUUCCCUUCUGCCCUGUGCGCCGACGAGCGGCUGCGCAGUCCCAGCCGGCGGACGAGGCGCAGCUGCCGCUCCAGAUCAAGAGCGCGUGGGGCAACCCGCCAGUGCUCGCGCGAUGGAAGAACGCCUCAUCCCCGGGAGCGCCAUGCACCUGGACAUUUGGGUGCAACACGGCCGGGCGCGUCACCAACCUCACGCUCGGUAGCGCCGGCGUGGCGGGCCCCUUCCCGGACGCCGUCGGCGGCUUCUCGGCCCUGACCUACCUCGACGUCUCCAACAACAGCAUCUCGGGCGCAUUCCCGACCGCGCUCUACCGUUGCGCUUCGCUCCGGUACCUCGACCUGUCCGAGAACAACUUCACUAGUGAGCUGCCUGCGGACAUCGGCCGCCUAGGGGAGAACCUGACAACGCUGCUCCUAUGCGGGAACGGAUUCAACGGCACCAUCCCGGCGAGUCUCGGCGCGCUGACAAGGCUUCGGACCCUGUGCCUGGCCGAGAACCCGUUCCUUGCGGGCGAGCUGCCGAUGAAGCAGCUGGAGGUACUGAGCCUAUCCAAUAACAUGUUGAACGGAAGCAUACCUGCGGGUGUUUGGAGGCUCAGCAAGCUGCAAGAGUUGUAUCUGUACAGCAACAACUUCAGCGGUGAUGUGGUGUUUAAUGACUUCGCCGCGAUGAGCUUAAUGUAUAUCGACCUUUCGGAAAAUUAUAAGCUUACUGGAGCCAUCACGGAAGUCUUCGGGACCUUGAAGAACCUCACAGUGCUGUUCCUCUCCAGCAACAACUUCUCUGGUGAGAUACCAGUGAGCAUCGGCCAGUUGCCGUCACUGUUACUAUUGAUGCUUGACAAUAACAGGUUUACUGGCACGCUCCCGCCGGACCUUGGAAAGAAUUCGGUCUUGCGCAUUGUUGACGCUGAUUACAACGAGCUCACUGGUACCAUCCCAGAAGGUCUGUGCUCCAGAGGCCAGUUCAAGUACCUCACUGCCAAGGGCAACCAGUUGAACGGCUCUAUCCCGGCAGGCCUAGCAAACUGCACAACUCUAAAAACCCUGGCUCUAGAUGAUAACAAUCUCUCCGGAGAUGUGCCAGAAGGUCUGUGCGCCAGAGGCCAGUUGCGUUACCUCACUGCCAAUGGCAACCAGUUGAACGGCUCUAUCCCGGCAGGCCUCGCAAACUGUCCAACUCUGCAAGUCCUGUAUCUAGAUAAUAACAAUCUCUCUGGAGAUGUGCCAGAAGCUCUGUGGACUGCACCGCAGCUCCUUGUCUUGUCACUGCAGAAUAACCAGCUCACCGGGAGUCUUCCAGCCACGUUCUCUAGCAACCUUAGGAGAUUGCUCAUAGGCAACAACCAAUUCAGUGGCAGCUUAUGCUCGUGA